GGGCCGGCAGCCGUUCGCGUAAACCCCCAGGCGACGCUGGCGGGGAAACCACCACCCCGACGUCACGCUUAAGUCACCAGGAAACAAAGACUGCCCCCUGCUUCGCAGGGGUUUCGAACCUGGUCCUCCUUCGUGGAGGUCCAAGGCCUAUCCAGCCAUGCCACCGCGGUCGGUGGUUUAAGCAAGGACAUGUUCCGAGCCAUAACUUUGUGCUUUCGCCUAAACAAGCGUGUUUAACGGUGGGCUUUCGAUGCCAAUCCAAACGGUCAUACGAAAAGAUGGUGAAGGAAGAGGCCAACUCGAAGACUGCAACAGGUGGCAACUACGAUGUGUUCUUGAGCUUUCGAGGACCUGAUACUCAUAACGGAUUCACAGAUUGCCUUUAUGUUUUCAUGAGUGAUGUGGGAGUCCGUGUUUUUAGGGAUGCCGAAGAGUUACGGCCAGGUGAGAAGAUCUCAGAGAUCUUGCGGGUAGUAAAAAGCUCCCAAAUUUACAUUCCCAUUUUUUCCAAAGACUACGCAUCGAGUAAAUGGUGCUUGCGAGAGCUUACAUGCAUGGUGCAGUGCACUUGCCAAUUCUCGGGGAAAGAGAUAUUGCCUAUCUUUUAUGACGUGGAUCCUUCGGAUGUUAAGCUUCAGACGGAACUUUACAAAAGCGCCCUAUCGAAGCAUGAGGAGGACCUUGACUGCACUGAAGUGAAGCCUUGGAAGGAGGCGUUGACCACGGUGUCUAGAAUCAGUGGAUGGCAUCUGAAGGAUAAAGGGCAAGGCACGGUCAUUAAAGAUAUCAUUCAAAAUAUUUCGCAGAAGAUCGCGAUAAGAAAAAGAGAUUUGCCCACCAAUCUAGUUGGAAUUGAUGAUCGUAUAGAAGCCAUAAAGAAGUUGUUCGAUUGUAAUGCUAGUGAUGUACGAUUUCUCAUAAUCCAUGGAAUUGGUGGCAUUGGAAAGACUACUCUUGCUAAGGCAGUCUUUAACCAAGUCUCUCCUUUAUUUGAAGGUCGCUCCUUCCUUUCAAACAUUCGAGAAUCAUCUCCAUGUGGUGGCAUUGUAAAAAUGCAAAGAAAAUUAGCAGCAGAUAUUUUAGGUUUUUCGCUUCCCGAAACCUUUGACUUUGAGGAAGGGAAUAAGGUGAUUAGAGAGGGAUUACCUCAUAAGCGAGUCUUACUUGUUCUCGAUGAUAUGGAUGGAUAUCAUCAAUGGAUGCAACUAGCGAAUCAUUGUUAUUUUUCUGGUUCAGGGAGUAGGAUCAUCAUUACAACUAGAGAUAAGAGUGUUUUUCCUAUGACCAAGGUGGAAAAAUCGGAGGAAAAAAUCUUAACAAGGUCCACAAACUUUUCUUUGUAUGAAAUGAAGGAGAUGCAUUUUGAUCAUGCUCUGCUACUUUUCAACAAGCUUGCUUUCAACAGAGAUUCAACUCCAUGUGAUCUUUAUGAUCUUUCAAGGGAAGCUGUUGCACUCACCGGAGGACUUCCAUUUGCUCUUGAGGAGAUAGGUUCACUUCUUCAUACCAAAAGUAAACUAAAGUGGAAAAGCACACUAAAGAGGUUGAAGGAAGUGCCUCUCGAAAAAGUCCAACAGAAGUUAAAAUUAAGUUAUGAUGCACUUGGAUAUGAGGCGCAACAAAUUUUUUUGGACAUUGCAUGUUUUUUUGUUAAUAAGAAAAUAACUAAUGCAAUGUAUAUGUGGGAAGCUUGUGACCUUUAUCCGGAGUACGAAAUUGACGUCCUUAUUAAUAAGUCUUUGAUCGAGGUUGUUGGUCAUGAUAGAAUAAGGAUGCAAGAUUCAUUAAGAAAUUUUGGGAGGGAAAUUAUUCGCCAAGAGAAUAUUGGAAUCCCUGGAAAUCAAAGCAGAUUGUGGCUAGCCGUGGACAUAGUACAAGCUAAAAAGGUGGCAAACUCAAUCGGUAAUAUAACCCUUUUGUCAAGGCUAGUAAUGGAGGACACAGGAGUAGUUAAACUUCCGGACACAAUCAAUGGGCUAGUGGAUCUUCAAUACUUGUGCUUGGCCUAUUGUACGAGUCUAAAUUCGCUGCCUGAUGCUGUUGGGAAGUUAAAGUCGUUGACUGAGUUGGAUUUAUCUGGGACAAGUAUCGAGAAACUACCUCGAUCGCUUUGUAACCUCAAAGAUCUGAAAUUACGGAUAAAUAAGAGUUUGAUAAGAGCACGGCGGAUGGGCUAUUUGCUUCGCUUGGAGGAUAUCGAGGAUUGCUCGUACUCUGAAAGAAGAAUGGAACCAGAUGGCAUCCAGUUUGGAGAUCUUAUGCGUGCUGCCUUUCAAAUUUUCGAUCCAGUCUAUGGGGAAAGGGAAAAACCCACGACCGAUGACUUUUUUUUUAUCUGA